AUGCCCGUAUUUCGCUUCUGGGCUUCGGACUCGAGGGGAAGCGACAAGGCGGUGGAAACAAGUCACCGCCUGCCUGAUUGCGCUGAGUCUGUCCCACCUAGCGCGUCAGGUCUUCCGACGCCCAUAUCUCCCAAGAGGCGCCGUCCAAGCUUUGUUGACACGGCAGCCUGCUCAGCCGCGUAUCCGCCCGCCAAGCGCUUCAAGACGGAGCAGAAUGGUGGUUUACCGUCGCCGACCUCUGCCUCAGCCGAUGGCGAGGAGGCGAGCAUGCAGCGCAGGUCCAGCAAGGCUCUUGACUUGGAGGCCGCCAGGGAAGUUGUCCAGUAUCAGUUUGGCCUCGAGGUGCUCCUGAAGCACGACGAGCUGCGGCUCAUCAAUCAGGAGUUGGCCAAAUGCCAGAUUGCACUUGAGCAACUACGGCGAUGCCACCUAAUUCCCUAUCCUAUCCAGUGCCCGACGCCCAGCCAGAUGCUGGACAUCAGCAACGGCAGAGGCCCAGCAUUGCAGCCGAAGCCUGGCCAGCCCCUGCCAAAGUGGGCGCCACCAUUCGGGGUUGUUGACGGCCCAUACGCGCGUCAUUAUGCUAAGUGGCUGAUACCUGAUCCGGUAUUUGAUGGCGUCUCACCCGAUGCCCACAAUGUUCCAAACACUGCCCGGGUAAAGGGCGCCUUCGCGGAAGGUAGGACGACGAGGAACAGCAUGUCUGAUGUUGGUGGUUCUCUCAAACAGCGACCUGCCCGCGGCCAGGCUGGAUCACGGCUGCACUCCCUAUCCGCUGGAUACCCGCAACCGAAGGAUAAGCAAUCUCCUUGCAUUCUAAAACGAUCCGAUGGUGUCACAGUCAAGCUAGUAUGCAUCGAUUGUCAGAGAUGGGAUUUUUCGAGCACGCAGGGCUUCAUCAAUCAUUGCCGUAUAGCUCACAGGCGGGACUUCAAGAGUCACGAGGAGGCCGCCGUGCACUGCGGGCAUCCUAUCGAGGUUGACGGGAGCGGAACCGUCGUUGGUGAAGAGAGGCAGGCCCCUUGUGGCGGCGCUGCAUCGGGCUUGGUCCAUCCCUUGGCCCGUUCCGAGUCGAUUUCCGAGGGGCAAGCCUACCAGGCUCUCCUAUCUCGUCUCAAAGCGUCCCUUGAGCUUUACCGGGAAGGCAAACUGCCGAAUGCGGGAUGCGCUUCAAGCUCACCAGCCUCGGCGCGCCCCAACAAGCCCAGUAGAUCGCAGGCUCGCUUUGUCGGCUCGGCAGACGCUCCUUAUCUUUCACAGCUAAUGCAGAAGAAGAAGUUCGGCGGGAAUUUGAAGGACCAAGUGACCGAUGCGAAAACAAAGAUCGAUUUGGAUUGGCUCUCGCCCGAGGAUGAGUCGGACACAGAGCAACCCAGCGCGACGGACGACGCCUCGACAUCAGAUGCCCUGUCUACCUCGGCUGUUCGCACACCCGCCAUGCGGAUGCCUGCCCGCUUUGCGGUCUCACCUUCUCAGCCGGCGAGUGUUCCCCGCCCCGCCAGCAGCAAGAGUCACGUCGCAGCCUCCGCACCUACCGGCCCACCAGAUAGUGGGUUGACCACCGAGCUACCUGAAACCCCUCCGUACGAUGACGACAUGGAUGUGGAUUUGAGCCCCAACACCAUGACUAGCAACAACGCGCCCUCCCUGGUUAGUGACGACGGGGAGUACGACGAUUCAGAUGACGCUUCGUCAGUCUCCAACUCUAGCGAGGACGAGCUAAUGGAGACUGAGUCUCUGUCGGACGUUGCUGAGAUCAACAUCGACGACGACGAAGGAGACGAUGGCACGGGGCGGGAAGAUGACACUCCGCGGCCGAUUCCCCGUGGCGGUCAACGUCGCCGUCGUCGGGCGCCAAGUAGUGCCAACGCAGUCAGUGCGGUCAAGCUGAAGAAGGACGAGAACAGGCAUGUCACGUUUGUCACGCCGACUCCUCCCGCUGCUGUACCAAAGGCAAACCAUGCCAAGGGGAGGCGCAAGGCGAAAAGAAUUUGA